AUGUAUGGCGCUGCACGCCAAGGACGACAUGUCCUGAGAGUGCUCCGAUCCCUCCCAUCCGCCUCCUUCUCAUCUUCGCGAACACAAUUUGUUCCUUCGAGUUCGCGGAUUUCUGUCACCAGAAACCUCUCUGCCAGACAGUUUUCAUCGACAUUCUACCAACGGCAACAGGCUCUCGCUGAAGAACAUGCCCGCGCAGAAGAUUUCGGUGCAGAGGACAUCUCUGCAGUCAAUCGAGAGUUCACCAAAUUUUCAGAGCUUGGAGAUGCAGGCGUUAUUGACAAGAGGAUCAUCGAUACCCUGGUCGAUAAAAUGAGCAUCCACACAAUGACAGAGGUUCAGAGAAUGACCAUAAACGAAUGUCUGGACGGCACAGAUGUCAUUGCCCAAGCUCGUACCGGCACCGGCAAGACCUUGGCUUUCCUGAUGCCCAUCGUGCAACGUAUGCUUAGAGACCCCGAAUUCGCUCGUCGACAACCCUCGAUCGGAGACACACGAGCCCUCAUCAUCUCCCCCACCCGUGAGCUGGCAGAGCAGAUCGGUGAGGAGGCAAAGAAGAUUGUUCGAGGGACCGGCGUUCAGGUACAACUGGCUGUCGGUGGCACUCAGAAGCAAUACCAUCUGAAGCUUAUGCAGCGAUUGGGUUGCCACAUUCUUGUUGGCACGCCGGGAAGAGUCAAGGAUCUGUUGUCCGACCCCUACAAUGGUCUGAGCCUGGAAAAUAUCCAAACUUUCGUGCUGGACGAGGCUGAUCGACUCCUUGAUAUUGGAUUUGCCGAAGAGAUCAGAGAGAUCCAGAGUUUCAUGCCCAAACACACACGCCAACAUCGUCAGACGCUCAUGUUCUCCGCCACCAUGCCACGAUCCGUGGUUGGUCUGGUCAGAGAGACCAUGAAGCCCGACUUCAAGUUUGUCAGGACUGUUGACCCAGAAGAUGCCGCAACGCAUGAAUCCGUCCCACAGCACAUUGUCUUUUUGCCAGGAUUGCAGAACCAAAUUCCAGCCUUGACCGAAAUCGCCUACAACGCAAUCGAGGCUCACAAGAGAGACCCGGAAAACAACAUGCCUUUCAAAGCAAUCGCCUUUUUCAGGUCGUUAAACGAGGUCAAAAUGGCAUACGAAACCAUCAAAAACUUGCGCGACCCAUCAGCCAAAGGAAUGUUUGCUCCUCACCCGCUUGCACCCUGCAAGAUUAUUGAAAUGUCAUCUCAGCUAGAUCAGCGGCAAAGAACCGCGAACUCGCAUGCAUUCCGGAAUGCCGACUGCGCACUGAUGAUCUCCUCGGACGUCACCGCCCGAGGGAUGGACUUCCCCAACGUGUCACAUGUCAUUCAAGUGGGCGCACCUCAUAGAAGAGAAGACUACGUCCACCGCCUGGGUCGGACUGGCCGUGCUGGGAAACCGGGUCAAGGCUGGCUUCUCCUGCAAAACGAUGAGAGAAACGACUAUAGACAACUGGCAAACAGCAUCCACGCCCACAAUAUUUACGAAGACGCGAGCCUGGACACGGCAAAAUUGGACAUGACUCAGCCCACGCAACUCUCGCCGCAAACCGCGAAGAUCAUGCAGAUGGUUGAAUCAGGUGUCAGGCAGGUUUCCAGGCUUGACAAGGCGAAGGCAUACCAAAGCCUGUUAUCUGUGCUCAAUCAGGCCGGUAAUUCCUCGAGACAAGAGAUCGUCAACCAAGUCAACGAGCUAGCGACGUACGGUUGGGGCCUUGAAUCCCCGCCUUCGGUGACGAGAAGCUGGGCCGACAAGAUAGGAUAUGGCGGUGUCCAAGGCCUGACCUUCCGAGAGGAAAGUGACCGUGGUGGUUUCGGCGGCGGCGCAAGAUCGCGUGGCGCUAGUCGUCGUGACAGACAUGACGAACGCGAUCCGUUUGGCCAGGGUGCCCCUGCCGAUGGUCGAGGGGCAUUUGGUCAAGACAGCUCAUCGUUUAGUGAUCGUGGUCGCGGUAGAUUUGGAGGUGAUAGAAGGUUUCGUUAA